AAUCAGCAACCAUGAGGUCUCUCGUCUUCCUUGUGCUCCUCGGAGCUGCUUUUGCAGAGGAGGAUAAGAUUGUUGGAGGUUAUGAGUGCAAGGCCAACUCCAAGCCCUGGCAGGUGUCUCUGAACUCCGGUUACCACUUCUGCGGUGGUUCCCUGGUCAACAAGAACUGGGUUGUGUCUGCUGCUCACUGCUACAAGUCCCGUGUGGAGGUGCGUAUGGGCGAGCACAACAUCAGGGUCACUGAGGGAAAUGAGCAGUUCAUCAGCUCCUCCCGCGUCAUCCGCCACCCCAACUACAGCUCUUACAACAUCGACAACGACAUCAUGCUGAUCAAGCUGAGCACGCCCGCCACCCUGAACCAGUAUGUGCAGCCCGUGGCUCUGCCCACCAGCUGUGCUGCCGCUGGCACCAUGUGCACCGUGUCCGGCUGGGGCAACACCAUGAGCUCCGCUGCUGACAGUAACAAGCUCCAGUGCCUGGAGAUCCCCAUCCUCUCUGACCGCGACUGCAACAACUCCUACCCCGGCAUGAUCACCGACGCCAUGUUCUGCGCUGGAUACCUGGAGGGAGGCAAGGACUCUUGCCAGGGUGACUCUGGUGGCCCCGUGGUGUGCAACGGUGAGCUGCAGGGUGUUGUGUCCUGGGGCUACGGCUGUGCUGAGCGCAACCACCCUGGUGUCUACGCCAAGGUUUGCCUCUUCAACGACUGGCUGGAGCAGACCAUGGCCAGUUAUUAAACAUGCUCAUUUGCAUUUUAGUACCAUAAUUUUGAGCUGUCUUAUAACAACUCACUGCAGUAUAAGAGGUUUGAAUUUGGAGUAGUGUUUGUAUUUAGUUUUUUUUCCAUCUAGCUCAAAAUGAUGUCAAAUUUGAUGUUAAAACUAUAUCUGUGAAAAGCAGUUGACCUCAUUUCUAUUGUACACUGUUGAACCAAAAGGUUCAC